UAUCGCGUGCGUUUAUAUAUGGUCCCUAGUGUUUCAUGGUAACACUCCCAUCAGUGGGUAUAAUUAAAGUAGUAUUUGUGGUUUAGUUGCUGGAUACAUUUUGUUGACCGUACAAGUUACUUUUAAAAGGAGCCGGAUGGUUAAGUUAGAUAGCAGCAAACUAGCUCGCAGGGCUAGCAUAGUAGGGUUUGACUUGCAUUUGAUUGUGUCUCUAAAUCCCGCCUGUGCUUGUUUCGUACUGGCGGAGACGGGCUGGAGUCAUGUGACGUCGCUACCAUUGAAGCCUGUAAUUGGCUGAGCUAUGUGUCGAUCGUGUUUUCACCACUUGUUGCUAGGGAGAUUGUUUGAUAUCCUCGGGGGCGAAAGUAAAUAUUAGCAGGCGCACCUGUCACUUUUUGAGCUAAGCAGAGAUGCGAGACUAUAACUUAAUGCUGCGGCCCGUCUCCUCAUUGUUACUUCAUGUUGAUGAAGAUGAAACUGGAAAAUGAGAACCUUAUGAGGAACAUACCCUGAGAAGUGGAACCUGAUUUUGGAUCUUAAACUCCUCUCAAACUUACUUUUGAAGACCCCUUUGCCCUCUUCAGUCACUUUUAUGUUUGUAUUUCUGUUUCCCUCUUUUAGUGUUAGCAAAGAUUUAUUGAUCAAAGAAAGUUGGCCCAAUUUUCAUUUUUAUCUUUUGCUUUUAUUUUUUGUUCCGUUGUAAAGAAAUGCUUUACCUGAAAAAGUACUUCACAGAGGGCCUGAUUCAGUUCACCAUCCUUCUGAGUCUCAUUGGGGUGCGGGUGGACGUUGACAGCUAUCUCAGCAAUCAGUUGCCCCCAUUAAGAGAGAUCAUCCUGGGGCCUAGCUCAGCCUACACCCAGACACAGUUUCACAACCUCCGCAACACGCUGGACGGUUAUGGGAUCCAUCCAAAGAGUGUGGACCUGGACCAUUUUUUCACUACCCGACGGCUGCUAAACGAGGUGCGCCAGCUGGAUCGCCUCUCUGUGCCCAGUACUGAGCUCAACACCUGGCUGGUGCAUCGUGACUCUGAGUCUGUAGUAUCUGCCAGCAGUCAGUCCAGCUCCAGCAUAACCCUGGACAAUGGGGCCGGCUUAGAGGACAUUAACAACAUUGAAGUUACCCCGGCCAUGAGGGGAGGAGGUGGAGCACCUGAAUCUACAUACAACUUGAAUGCAGCCGACAGCGGCCUGGGAGCUGGGGCCCCAGAAGAAAACCAGGAGCAGGGCAACAGAAAUGGCAACGACGACCUCACCAAAGAGGACAUUGACUUGAUUGACAUCCUAUGGCGACAGGACAUUGACCUUGGUGCAGGAAGAGAAGUGUUCAGCUACACCAACCGUCAGAAGGAGACCGAGGAAGAGAAGUCCAACCCUCAAGAGGACAAAGAUGGAAAAGAGGAACAGGAGAGCUGGAGGAAUGGCGUAAAUUUACAGGGAGCUAAGCCGGUAGACGGGGAGACGGGAGAGAGCAUACAAGAGCAGCUGCCAGGUCUUGGCUCACAGACUUCACUGUCACUACAGGAGUGCUUGAGACUGUUGGAGGCCACGUUCCCAUUUGGAGAAGAAGCCGAGUUCCCAGUUCCGGUUGUUAACCCAGAAAUUCCAGUUACCAGUGAAGAGGCUCCUUCCACGUCUCAGGGCCUCCUCCUGGCACCACAGCUUCCUCCAGCCGAGCCUCAGUUAGACCUGGAGCAGCAGUGGCAGGACAUCAUGGCCAUUAUGGAGCUGCAGGCAAUGGAAGUGAACAACACUUCGCUCCAAACCACCUCCAGCAGUGGAAGUCCCACUAACGGAACGCCUGAGCCCAACCCCGCUGGAACCUUUGGGCUUUCCACGCGUUCAACACCCAUAAACCAGGACGUCAGCCUCCACCAAGCCUCCCUCCCCAGCUGCAGCCAGGACUUCCCACAUGUUUUCACCCCCCAACUGGACUCUGUUAGCAGCACUCCAAGAACGAGCAUGCUCAGGCUUUCCUCCAGCAACUCCACCAACAUCAACUCCACGUUUGGAGCCACCAACCUGACUGGGAUCUUUUUGCCCCCAGUAAACAGUUCUAGUAACAUUACAUCCACCCCUAACCUGUCCGACCCAUUCACCACCCUGCUGGAGGAGUCCAUGCUUGAUGAAAUCAGUCUGCUGGACCUGGCCAUGGAGGAGGGCUUCAGCCAGGCCCAAGCCUCCCAGCUGGAGGAUGAACUUGACUCGGAUUCUGGUCUCUCCCUGGACUCCAGCCACAGCCCGGCCUCCCCGAGUAGCUCUGAGACGUCUUGUUCAUCUGCAGCUUCUUCCUCCUCAACUUCGGCCACCUUCUCUGAGGAGGGGGCCGUGGGCUACAGUACUGACUCUGAGGUGGCCACUGCAGAGACGGAGGAGGGGGCAGUCGGGGGUUACCAGCCUGAGUUUAGUAAGCUCUGCCGUAUGAGCUACCAGGACCCGUCCCAGUUCCACAGCCUCCCUCAGCUCGACGGCAUCAGCCACAACCACACCUACAACCUGCCACUCUCCUCCGCCUUCUCCGAGCACCCAGAGCUUCCCGUUCCAGUUGGGAAGAAGACGGCUCGUGACAAACACAACUCAAAGCUCCAGCCUUCUCAGGACCUGCUCGACAAACACGCGAGUCGUGAUGAGCGGCGAGCCCGGGCCAUGAAGAUUCCUUUCUCCAAUGAAAAGAUCAUCAACCUCCCUGUUGAAGAGUUCAACGAGCUCCUGACCAAGCACCACCUGAGUGAAGCCCAGCUGGCCCUCAUCAGGGACAUCCGCAGGCGUGGCAAGAACAAGAUGGCUGCCCAGAACUGUCGCAAGCGCAAGCUGGAGACCAUCAUUAACCUGGAGCAGGGCGUUCAUGACCUGAGACGCGAUAAGGCCCGUCUGCUGAAGGAAAAGAUGGAGUUCAUCCGCUCCAUCCGGCAGAUGAAGCAGAAGAUGCAAACUCUGUGCCAAGAGGUUUUCAGUCAGCUACGGGACGAGGACGGUCGGCCAUAUUCCUCUAGCGAAUACUCAUUGCAGUACAGCGCCGACGGCAGCGUGCUGAUCAUGCCCCGCAACGUGACAGCAGCUCAGCAGAACCGUAAACCCGAGAAGAAACAGAAAGACAAAAAGAAGUGAGGGCGGACAGAUUCCUGUUUAUUUUAUCACUUUGCUAAAUCCGUAAGAACGGUUUGCGCAGAUAAGAGAGAGGUGCCCUUUUCCUUUAAGAAGAUUCUGUUGAGGAGAAAAAAAUGGCGUUGACUUCACCUCCUGCGUUAGUUUCCCCCUUUUCAUUCUGUUCCUACAAAUUUUCCUGGAAACGUCUCUGAAGCAGAAAUAGCUCUUUGUUUGAGUACCAAUGUUUUAUUCUUUAGACAAGAAAAGGAGGAGUAUAAAGGACAAAAACCGAGCUACUAGAAGAAGAAAAAAAAUAGCUGCUUUUGUUCCUUUUGCACCAAACCACUAAAGAUGGAGGUUUGUAGGGUGAAAGACGGGCUGCUGUCGAGAGACAUGGAGAUUAAUGAACACCGGAGAUGGUUGGAAUACCUAUGCACCGAUGGUUUAAAGGACUAUCAGAUCCCAUCCCAUCCUGGAACCUUAGUGGUAAUUAUUUUCCUUUUAUAAUUACCAAUGCUUUUGAGUUGCAGAUCUUCAGGCAGAGCAUCAUCUACAGUUGUGAGGGUUAAAGAUACCAAAGGCUAAAGAAGGCCAUUGCUUUAGGAUGCCAUUAACACCUUUACUAACCAAAGGUUGGUCGGUUCAUCCCCUGAUCUUUUUGAUACAGAAGCGCUCAGACACUGCACUCUUGUUCUCUAGGUUUCUACUGCUAGUUCUAGUAUUUGAGUCUGUUUGUUGGUGGCGUCUAGGUUUUAAAAGCCCCUAAGAGAAUCAGCAUUGACGUUUGCACAUCUGAUGUUGGGAUGGGAAGUGGGAGGCUGAGCAUUGUCCGGCUGCUCAGAAGCCUGGAGGGGUAAGUCCUGCAAGAGGAGCGGGAUGUUUUUGGGGCGGAGGCCCACUGCGUUGCAAAAUGUAUUAACUUCCUUAUAAAUUAUACAUAGCACUGUAAUUUGUCUUUAAAAGGCUUGGCUGUAUGCAUUUUGCCAUGUCUGUUGCUGUUCCUUUGCUGCAGGUUUAAAUACGGGAGCUGCAUUUACGAAGGCUCUUAUAAACUGUUCAUAAUCUGUAGUAUAAACAAGGUUAUAGGUCUGUCAUCAGCCUCUCCCGUUCGUUGGUAAAGUGGAGCUUUUAACCACGAGGAGCUCCAGAAAGUACUGUAAUGUUUCAGCCAAGUCCAGCCGUCACGGAUCACGUUUGUGGGUCGUUUUCUUCAACAUGACGCCGGCUAAGCUGAAUCCGUAGCGUAGGCAAACGUAUUCCAUUAAACAAACUCAUUUGCCAACUUUAUCCAGCCGAAAGCCACUUUUUUUUAAACUGCUGUAAAGCCGAGCCGUUGGCUUUGAUGUUACAAGUCCUACAUUUAAGUGUUUGUGUUGACAGAGAGAGCCCUGUUAGAUGAGAUCAAAGUUAAGAAUGUGUGUGUGGCCACUUUAAUAUGAAUGCCUUUAUUUAAUAAUAAUCUAUCUAAAGGGUUUGAGAACAGUCAGAACGUUCUCAGAGUAGAAGUGCUGUUACUCGUCUGUCUGAAUGAAGUCUGUCGGUGCGUGCGUGUUUUAUCGCUUUCCUAAAAAACUGGAUCUGUUGUUGCAGCUUAGGUUCAAAUAUUUACUGGAGGCUGAACAGAUCAGCAUUAAGACAUCGUUCCAAAAAGAUUUGAAAGGAGAAUUGUUCUUAAUGUGAUAUUCAGGCAUGAAUCUCUGGUUCACUUUAACGUAACCCAGUGCAACACAAAUCAUUAAGUACUGCUACUAAUUAGUGCACUUUUCUGUCUGUCUUGUUCUGUAAAUAUUUUCAUGUUUGUGUUCGUUUUGAUUCAUGUAGUUUGUCAGAUGUCUCCAUAACAGGCUCACUAUUGAGUUUGGAUGUAGUUCCCCGUUUUGAGACAUGUACCGGCAAUCAAAUUGUUUCUAUUGAUUAAUAAAGUUUUUAUUUUCACCUGUGA